AUGUUCAAAGCCAGGUUAAUGGGGAGGUCGCUCUGCGGCCGCUCCUUGCUAGCUCCUCGAAUUGCUUCGACCAUGAGGAUCCAGCCGACUUUUGCCUUUGCACAAACCAGACUGUUUACUGCCGGUUUCCCGCGUUGGAACAAUGCGUUCCAGCCAAGUGAACGGGCAGUGGCGGCGCAAAAGAUCGAUUUACGAGCUAAACUACAGCCUUCGAAUCAGAAAAACGAGUCCAAGGAAUUUUCAAGGCUGUUCGAUCUAGCUCGGAAAGAGAAAGGUGCGCUGUCAAUUGCGUUUCUUCUGCUAAUUUUCACAUCUGGCAUAUCUCUGAGUCUGCCGUUUGUUAUCGGUAAAAUUCUGGACGCAGUCAACGACGAUAGCCAAGAGAAAGUUGUGCUUGGGGUUCCUAUGAAUUCCUUUUUGGCCGCUACAGCUGGUGUUUUCGUUGUUGGUGCCUUUGCCACUUAUUUCCGGAUCAUCACCAUGAGAGGCAUCGGAGAGCGGAUAGUUUGCAAGCUGCGGAGCCAUACGUUCCGGAACAUUGUCAAACAAGACGCAGAGUUUUUUGAUGCAAAUCGAACUGGUGAUCUUAUUUCUCGUCUGGGCACCGACGCCAACGUAGUUUCUCGAGCCGUUACCCAGAACAUGGCGGAUGGACUGCGCUCGCUUAUCGCCGCUGUAAUGGGUGCUACGAUGAUGAGCUAUAUCUCCUUGAAACUCACGGGAAUCAUUGCUAUUUGCUUACCACCGGUUUUGAUCGGAACGUUCUUAUAUGGUAGACGAGUGCGAACAAUCUCGCGAAAUUUCCAGCAUUCGCUGGGCCAGUUGACGCGGGUAGGUGAAGAACGUCUCAACAACGUCCGUACUGCCCAAUCGUUUGGCGGUGAGCGUCAGGAGAUUCAUUUGUACAACGAUCAGCUUCGAAAUGUGUUUUCAAUCGCUAUGCAGGAGGCUCGUGCCUCGGGCGUCUUCUAUGGCACUAUGGGUCUCACGGGAAAUAUUGUCAUUAUUGGCUUGUUGGCAGUGGGUGCAAACAUGGUAUCUUCAGGAGCACUGACGUUUGGUGCUUUGUCGAGCUUUAUCAUGUAUACAGCAUACGCUGGUAGCUCUGUUUCUGGCUUAGGAAACUUUUAUUCUGAACUCAUGAAAGGUGCGGGUGCUGCCUCUCGAUUAUUUGAAAUUGAAGACCGUAAACCACUGAUCUCCUCCACAAAAGGCGAACUGGUAAAAUCUCCAUACGGAGACAUCACGUUCGAUCAUGUCGGAUUUGCAUACCCCACCCGACCGGCUGUCAAAAUAUUCAAUGAUCUUAACUUUACCAUCAAGGGGGGCAGCAACGUGUGUUUUGUUGGGCCCUCUGGCGGAGGCAAAUCCACCAUUACUUCGAUGCUGCUGAGGUUUUACGACCCGCAGUCCGGUUUCAUUUCCAUCGGCGGUCAAAAACUUGCAGAUAUGAGCCCUUAUUCUCUGAGGAGCCACGUUGGUGUCGUGUCCCAAGAGCCUGUACUUUUUAAUGCAACAGUUGCUGAAAACAUUUGGUACGCCAAGCCCGAAGCCACUAAAGAAGAUGUCUAUGAGGCCGCACGGUUAGCCAAUUGUACAUUUUUAGCUGAUUUUCCUGAUGGAAUUGAAACGGCGGUUGGACCCCGAGGUACUCAGUUGAGCGGAGGCCAGAAACAACGCAUUGCGAUUGCCCGAGCUUUAAUUUCCAAGCCGGCCAUUUUGGUGCUUGAUGAAGCAACUUCCGCUUUAGACACAGAAUCUGAAAGACUCGUCAACGAGGCGCUGCAGAACUUGAUUGCGUCGUCCUCGACGACCAUUUCGAUUGCGCACAGACUAUCUACUAUUGCUCAGUCUGAAGAGGUAAUUGUUCUUGGAGAGGGCCGUGUUCUUGAACAUGGCAAGUUCCGCGAUCUCUACGCCAACCCCAACAGCGCACUUUGCGAUCUUUUGCACCGCCGCACCUCGCGGCUUGACGACGACGGGCCACCUUCGCCUACUCCUCAGCAGAUCAACGAGGCCCUCGAUAGAGAACUUGCUGAGACGCUCGACAGAGAACUUGCUGAGAAGGAAGAAGAUGAAAAGCUGUUAUGA